AUGUCAUCACACCAGGCGGUCCAGGGGCACCUGUGGGGUGGCUUCUUUACGGGAGCUACCACACCACGGCGGAAGAGGAGGAAAGUUACUCCGGUUACCCCGCGGCUGCCCAUAAAUCCGCCAACCGCUGUGCAGACACCACUGCAGCCCCCGCGAUUCGAAUUCCCACCUUCUGUCAAAAACUUGCCCCAAGCAAUUGCAGACAUGGUUAGCGAGAGUUCCGGCGAUGAAGACGGGCAGCAGCACCAGCAGCGAGGGCUUUCACCGGUGGACAGGGGUCUGCAGCGUCCGUUGAACCUCCCCGCUCCCAUCCCUUUCCUUUUUCCCAGCACACCGGGGGGAUCCCUGGUGUAUGAGCCCCCGCCACCACCACCACCAGUUCAACGACCCCGCCCGCAGACGCAUGCCAGCACCAAGGUUUCCCUUCACCGAAUCCAUAAUCAGAAUCAAGUUCAAAGGGAGCGCCUGACAACGUUCAUCGGCAAUGUUCACGUCCUUGCGCGCCACACCACCUUCUUUCUCAAGUACUACCUUGUACGUCUGCCCACCACAGCUGAUCAUCCUCUACACGAUUUCCCGGACAUCACUGACAAGCACAUCAGUGUGAUGUUUGAGCUGCUCAACAAUCCAGGCUACAAUGGCAAUCCGGUCAUCGCGCAAGAGUUGCGUCCAUGGGUUCAAGACUACUGUAAUGUUCAUGGAUUCGCCCCCAUCCGCAUGCAAUAUUGCCAACAGACCGCAGGGUACACGGCUACAAGCAUCUUCACAAACCUCAAAGUCAACGUACAAGAGCAUUUCAUUCAAAUGCUUCUGCGCUAUGUCAAUGAAAGGCUUGGUUUGAAGCAAGUCGUACUGCAUCUCCGUAGAGCUGGAGUCAACCGAGCGCAGCGGCGACACUAUUAUCAGCGUGUCCGUCAGUUUACAAAGUAUGCAACAUUUGAAGAGUUUCCAACCGAAGAGGAGUUUGCCCGCCUCACACGACUUGAGCGGACCGUGCUCGACAAGUUAUGGGCUCUGUUUCCUCCCCAGGAUGAACCACUUGCGUACAGCCUUGCGGUGGACGCAAUGCCAUAUUUAGGCGCCUCACAGUAUUUUGAGCACCACAUUGACGACUUAAGGGAGGCUCCAAACAUCGUCUGCAUUGAUCCGGGCAAGCGUGACCUCCUAUUCUGUCAAGACAACAAGAAGGAGCGGCCAUUUCGAUACACAUCCAAUCAACGGGCGGUCGAGACAAAGUCUCGGUACUUUCGAAGAGACAUGACAGAGCGGAAGAUCAAUGCCGGCGUUGCUGAGAUGGAAUCACAGAUUCCGUCACACAGGAGCAUGAACAUCGAGGCGUUCUCCGCGUUCAUCGUGGAUUACGAACAUGCGGGUAUGAUGUUCUACUUCAACUUUGAUUUUCAAAUUUAG